AUGACGCUACUCGACUCCCACUUGGAGCAAAUUGCUCUUUCAUCAAGUGCUAUUGCUGAAUUACCAUUCCCAGCGCCCCGCACCUUCACGAACGCGCUACUAGGCUCGCACGACAUCACCGCCUUAAUUCGCGAUACCGAGGUCCAUGAAAGAGCACUGUUCCAGGUUGACCCUUCGGCAAAGGCCCAAGGUGCACAAAGACGUGCUAACCGGCGCGGGACAACAUUCCCUGCUGAGUCCGAGACCGAAUCCAUGGCCAGUCGUAUCUACUCCGCCCGGAACAACCGCAACCAGUCGGCUGUAGCUCGAGUCUUGGGCUCUGAUAUGAUGGAUGAAAUCAAGCGGUCAGCUGGUACAUCUACCAGGGGUCCACGAGGAGAAGUCAACAUUGAGGUCUUGCUUCGUGGAGCAGAGAUUCUAUGCAAUGUCUAUCCCGUUGCAGGUGCACAAGAGAAGAUUGCUAGCUUGCGCUACCGCCAUGAGAUGAUUGCCGAAUCGAUUGUGCGGCUAGAAGACCGCGUCGCUACCAAUACCGCGGAGCUGGAGCAGAUGCGUCACUCAUACGGAGAUGACGAGGAUGAUUAUGCCCCCAUGCCUGCUUCGCAAACAGAUAUUCCCGAUGUUACCGACGAGGACAUUGAACGUGAACUGGCUGAAAUUAGAGAACUGGAGCGAAGGAAACGUGCGCUAGAGGCGCGAGUCACUGGCAUGGAUCGCGAUCUCGGAGGUCUCAUGGGCUGA